GAGCCUGGAGGGGAUCUUCAAAUUUCUUGGAAACCCUCCGUCCGUCUGACAUUUCGACUAUAACGAUAAUUUAUGAAUGAUGUUGAGAGUGUAGCCUAAUAAUUUUUCAGGCGAGGCAAACAUCUCAGGCAAGACGGCUCUAAAGCAGACCGUUUUGGCAAAAAAACUUACAAUUAGGAUGAAUCAUAGGAUCUUUGAUUUAUGUAGGCUACUAAUAUGGCUUCCUCAAUCUCGUGAGAUUAUCGUGCUCAUUUCAGUGACGCACGAUAUCAGCGCCGGCCUGUUUCUGAACCUAUUAUAUCUGUCAAUGAUUAUUAUAGACUGUAAAAACAGUCAAUGUUCUGAACGGUGCACAGACACGUCGACGAUGGACAGCAAGGAGAAGAGAAGGGGUAUCCUGGAGCGACUAAAUGCUGGGGAGGUGGUUGUAGGAGAUGGAGGUUAUGUGAUGCAGCUAGAGCGACGUGGUUAUGUGAAGGCUGGACACUGGACACCUGAGGCUGCUGUUGAACAUCCUGAAGCAGUUCGGCAGCUGCACAGGGAGUUCCUGAGAGCAGGAGCCAAUGUGAUUCAGACAUUCACCUUCUACUGCAGUGAGGAUAAACUGGAGAUCAGUGGCAAUGUCACCAACAUCACCGGAGCCCAGAUCAAUGAGGCAGCCUGUGACCUGGCCAGGGAGGUAGCCAAUGAGGGUGAUGCAUUGGUCGCUGGGUGUGUGUCUAAGACUCCCUGUUAUGUGAAGAGUCACAGUGAGACUGAGGUCAAGGCCAUCUUUAAGAAACAGAUGGAUGACUUCCUCAAGAAGGACAUUGAUUUCUUUAUAGUGGAGUUUGUUGAUCAUGUGGAAGAGGCAGUGUGGGCAGUGGAGGUGCUUAAGACCAGCGGUAAACCAGUGGGUGCAACACUGUGCAUCUCCCCUCACGGAGACAUGCACGGAGUCCCACCUGGACAGUGUGCUGUCAGGCUGGUCAAAGCUGGAGCUGACAUUGUCGGAGUAAAUUGUCACUUGGACCCUCUGACAUGCGUUCAAACGGUGAAGUUGAUGAAAGCGGGAUUAGAGAAAGCUGGUCUCAAAGCCCAUCUCAUGAUCCAGCCGCUGGGCUUUCACACACCUGAGCGCAACAUCGGCGGAUACACCAGCCUACCCGAAUACCCCUUCGCAUUGGAGACCAGAGCAAUAACCAGGUGGGACAUCCAUAAGUACGCCAGAGAGGCGUACAAUGCUGGAAUUCGCUACAUUGGUGGCUGCUGUGGAUUUGAGCCCUACCAUAUCAGAGCUAUAGCAGAAGAAGUGGCUGCAGAGAGAGGAUUCCUCCCACCAGCUUCAGAGAAGCACGGACUCUGGGGAGCUGCUCUGGAGAUGCACACUAAACCCUGGGUCAGAGCCAGGGCUCGUCGGGAGUACUGGGAAAACCUUUUGCCUGCUUCUGGACGUCCCAAAUGCCCUUCCAUGGCCACACCAGCCGAUGAUUAUGAAAAACAGCUUGAAACAAAAAUACAAAUGUGAUCUCUUGUAUACACUAUGCAGUUUGCUGUAUACUUUAUGUGUGAUCAGAUGGUCCCCUUUUUUCAUAUACUGUAAUGAAUGGCAAUUGAGGAUCUGAUGAACCCGGUCUUUGUUUACAGAUUUGUGAAAUGCUUUGUACUGUUUCAAAACUCAACAGCCCCUCUCAUUAUUUUCACUUUAUUAUUAGGCCGUUGGCUUGGCCAUACUACACAUACUAUAACUUGGGUUCAGUCAUCAGUGAAUCAGCUGCCUCCUCUAUUUUCUGUAACUAUAUGCUCUAUCCCCAAACAUAAUAAUACAUAGAUUGAACACAGUUGGCCUUUUACAAGUUAAUAGUCUUUUUUUGUUGUAAAACGGCUUCAUAAGUUAAUCAAAUUUGUUGAUUGAUUGUUGUAAUUUGCUGAAAAAUAUUUUCACAUAAAUAAAUAAAAAUGAUCUUGUUUUUUCAACAAUCCUGUUUUGUGAAAAGAAACACACUGCUAAAUGUGUUACUGUAUACAAAUAGGUUUAGUAAGUGAAGUGGCCCAACUUCAAUCACCUGUCUCUACUGAACAUUUCUGUAUAGUGAAAUAUGACUAUACUGUAUUCCUUGUAUGUCUGAUCAUAUUACUGUUUAUUUCUUAAUAACUUUGAUUCUGUUUCAAGGAAUUUAUUAAAAAUGCUUUAGGUUUGGGGUGAGCUAUUUGAAUGUUGUCUCUUGGCUCCUUACUAUUACUGCAGCCUAUCUCUGUCUUGAAAACCCUUUAUUUGCUUUUUAAUAUUGUUAGCCCAUUUCAGUAUUUUAUAAGAUGGUAAUAAAGGGCAUUUUGAAUGAUUUUA